CUCGGGUGAUGUUUCCGAACACAGCCCUAUAUCUUUCUUACUCCAACGCGAUAGAGAUAACCCCGAGUAGAGUUUUCGAACGUAGCCCUGGGUACUGUCAGUGACAUACCAGUAGUGCCACAGCACUCUGAUCGAAAAACACGGGCCUAGUGUAAAAAGCAACCGUGCUCCGCGGUUCGUGUGAGAGGACUGAAAGGAUCAGUUUGUCAGUGACAAGGAAGGAGAGAGCGAUUGGGAGUAUCGAGCUUGGUUAUGCUGGUGUUGACAGUUCUGGGAAUGCACGUGGUGAAAAGCUCCGCGAAUCAUCAUGCAUACACUGACGCCGACAGUUUCCGACAUAUAAAUAAUACAUAUUGUCAAAAUAAACGCUAACGCUCUACGAGAUAUGAAUUAAAACAGCGUCGACGUUUUAUCGGCAUUCCUGUCAUUAUUAAGGUAUUAAAGUGUGGCUUUCAACAUGGCGGUGCAGCCCGUGCACUCAGCCCGUACGUUUCUACGAUCAUCAUGACUACGCUGGACUGUCCUGGCUUCACGCACUCAGCACACGUUCCUGACUCCACGGCAAUACUUGGAAUACCGCACGUACGAUACCCCUGAGCACUCGUUACGUCGAGUGUGGUUAGAUUCGUUUCACGAUACGUUCGUCGAGACAACCGAGGAAGGAGCAUCAUCCUCCACAGCCAGCUGACCAUCUUCGAGCGAUCACACGGACACGUAUCGCUCAAGCAACAUAAAAAAAAAACACGUCGAUCCAUUGCUCUCUCGUGUCGUAUUGUUUUUAUGGGAAACACAACUAUUGAAACGAUCGAGUACAGUUCUUUGAAGACAUUUGGCAAACCUGUCCUGUGCCAGCCCACCUGCAAGCAAUUUAAAUAAAAAUACAUUUUGAAUUCUCUCAUCUCGCAAAACUAUCGCAAUUGUAUAAAAGUUUACAUUUGUUUUACAACAAAGCUGCAAUCCAACAUAUAUAUAUAUAUCCUCUUGAGGAUAACUAUAAAUUUUCAUAAAAAUAAUAGAAUAACUAGCUAAUUACAAAGUCAAUUUACAAAGUAGAAAGAUACCUAAUUUGCCUCGAUUUGCCAGAAGCAAAAUAUAAAAUAUUUUAUUUACUGAGAGAGGAAUUCAAUUUGCACGACGUAAAUGUGUCUCUCAGUAGAUUAACUCUUUUUUUCUUUUAAUUUUUCAAAAUCAGGAAAAGCUGAUUUUGUUUUUUGAAAUCAGUGAAAACUGAUCGGAAUUAGACCUUGUCAGAUUAGUGUCCUGAUCAAAACUCCAAGUUUAUCUGUACAUUUUAUCAUUGUUAAUUCAAAGUUGAUUUCUUUAGAAGAAGAAUAGUUUCUUUAUACAUAGACUUUGUACAUUUUGACAGCGAAUGUAAUCAAUUAGUUUCAAAUACAGCCUGUCAAAAUUUUUGAGUAAACAAAUAGGUAAAUAAAAUUUAAGUAAAACAAAAAGUUUAAGGAUAGGAGGAAGAGAAAGAAAAAUCAGAGAAUUUAAAAGAGCUUUAAAAAAAAACUGCUUGUACGUGCAAACAAUCUCUUCAAGUUGCGCGUUGUUGAUGUACGAUCGUUUUUUUCUUACUUGACACACGCAAUUACGGCUCGACAUUGUUUUUACGUUCGGUAAUAAGACUUUCCUGUUCAACAAUAAUACUCAGUGUUCCUUGCGAGUUGCCUGAAUAUUGUAAAGUCUGUUAAACUUUUGAUAAUAAUAAUGGCCGAGACACAAAGAAUGACGAUAUAUGGAAGGUAUCCUCCGUGCUCCAAUAGCAGCAGGUUGGAAGAACGCCGGGCUAAAAGAUUGGCGUUGCGACACGAGAGGAAUCGGAAGCCGGACAAGCCGGACGAUUUUGUGUGCUACGAGUCGAGUGACGACGAGGCCGAGACGGUCAUCGAGGGCAAACAAUUCCUGAGAACGUCGUUCAACUUUGUGGACUAUGUGCGUGCACGUGAAACGAACACACGUGAAGUGCGAAAGAUUAAUCAAGAGUAUGGUUCCCGGCACAUACUGACCCACGACCUGUUCAAGGAGUAUUCGGUCAGUUUGAACAACAUGAACAAAGUAUUCUGCUCGCAGUGGCUGAGCGACAGACAAGUAGUGUUCGGUACAAAGUGCAACAAACUUAUGGUCUACGAUGUGGCGACGCAGAAGCUAGACCAAAUCCCGUCUCUUCACGGAAGACAGCUCAGUCCGGGCAGCAACGUUAUGCCCGAGCAGCAGUGUGGGAUUCAUUCCGUUCAAAUCAAUCCAUCGAGAACUCUUUUAUCCACCGGAGCGAGAAAUAGUAAUGAAAUAGCGAUAUACAGAUUACCAACUUUGGAUCCAGUUUGCGUCGGCGAGAGCGGCCACAGGGACUGGGUGUUCGAUAUGUGCUGGCUGGACGAUGAGUUUUUAGUGUCCGGCUCCAGAGACACGAAAAUGGCACUAUGGCGUAUCGACAGUGACCUUGCUGAAGCUCCUGAUAAAGCGGACGUACCUACGCACAGGUUGAUUCAGCCUGUUUGCGUGAAAGAAUGCAAGUCCGCUCAGAAAGUACGGGCGCUGGCAUUCAACAAAGCGUAUAAAGAAAUAGCGGCGCUAACGCUCAAUAGUUUUAUACAUAUCUGGUCAGCCGAGUCCUUCAAACAAAAAAUAUCCAGAAAACUGCCAGCUUGCCAGGAGAAUGUUUGUCUUGCUGUACAAGAUGAUGGUGUUUACGCGAUUGGAUGUCGCUCCUAUACUCUGCUUUUGGACGCACGUACUUUACAGCCAAUUAAAAAGAUACCAUCAAGAUACAGCGGCUGUGGUAUCAGAUCAGCUAGUUUUCAAGGAUCCGUUCUCACGAUCGGAACUGGCUUAGGGAUGCUUAUGUUUUACGACGUUAGGGCGCAGAAAUAUCUGGAAUCCUCCAUAAACUCCAACAGGACUGUCGUAUUAAAGGCAUCGAAAGGAUACGUGUUUCCAGAUGAAGAGUAUAUCGACGGUUUCCAAAAUGUGAAGUACACCCCCGCUAUUUACACGCACUGUUACGACGCAUCAGGUACCCGGCUUUUUACGGCAGGUGGCCCAUUGCCCGCAAAUCUGUAUGGCAAUUACGCUGGUUUAUGGCAAUGAAGAUUUAAGAUUAAGCAAAUAAAAAACUAGUAAGAUAAUUGAUAAAUUAAACGAUUAGCGUAUAUAAAGUAUGCAUGUGUGAGUGACUUGAUUGUUUGAUUAUCUGAACAGUUGACUAUAUGUGUUAUAUAUCUCAUUAAUUUAAUGUUUCGAAUUUUUGGAAACGAUUGGACAUUUUUCGAAUCUUCUCAAUUCUUCAAUCAUCUUGAGUCUUUAUUUCAAAAACAAUUGUAUAUAAUAUCUGUACGCGUGCGUAUAGAUAAUGUAAAUAAUUUUACGAUUGUUUCAAUUUCUGUCUCUAUUUUGAAGCUAUAAAACCUAUUCCAGCAGAGUUAGCUUAUUUUUAUCGACAUUAUUAAUAAAUUUAGUUUAAAGGACAUAGAUUAAUGUUUUCCUUGUUUUUUUAAUAUUAUGUAACCAUAAUAAUUCAAUAUUCUAUUAAUUGAAGAAAUGUUAUCUUGAUUAUAAUACAUAUUUAAAAAUUAUGUAAAAAAAAGAGUUCAAAUCAUUAAAAAAUGAGCACUAGUUGCAUCCAGAUUAUAAUACACUAUGUCAUUGUAUUUAGACAUAAUAUAUUGAAUAUAAUUUUUCGAGUAAAAUGUCGAAUUCAAUUU